AUGGCCCCCGGGCGGACUACUGUCUUGUCUCGCGUCACUCAAGUCCUGUCAGAUUACCGAGACGCACCCCCUGCACCCUCAAAUUGGAACGACGAAGCACAUCAACGCCACCUCGUCAGAAUCUGGGACGCCGUCGACGCUCGCGCGGCUCAAGCGAAAUACGACGUUCCUCUCCUGGCACGAAUCAUCAGCACGGAGAGGAAUAUGCUCCACGUGUACCCCGAGCUGGCCCAAGGCAAAAUUCCCAUGAACCACGAUUGGAUCGAGUACGUGCUGGGAGUCGCUCUACGGCAUCCAUUCUGCACGGCAGCGAGUAUGGGACGCUGGGAGGUGCUGGCUUCUAGUGGAGGGGCCAGAGGUACGUGGGGACCGUGGUGA